CCCCCUGUCCCCGGCUCACGUGAUCGCGCCUAGGGAGAAAACGCCUGACCCCAGCCACCGGCCUUCAAGGCACGGCUUUUUCUUCCUUCGGCUGGUUGGCCUCUCGCCCUUCAGCUACCUGUGCGUCCCUCCGUCCCGUCCCGGGGUCACCCCGGAGUCUGUCCGCCAUGCAGCUUCUGCCUCUAGCCCCAGGUCGGCUCCGGCAGGGCAGCCCCCGCCACCUGCCCUCCUGCAGCCCAGCGCUGCUGCUACUGGUGCUGGGCAGCUGCCUGGGGGUCUUCGGGGUGGCGGCGGGAACCCGGAGGCCCAACGUGGUGCUGCUCCUCACGGACGACCAGGACGAAGUGCUCGGCGGCAUGACACCACUGAAGAAAACCAAAGCUCUCAUCGGAGAGAUGGGGAUGACUUUUUCCAGUGCUUAUGUGCCAAGUGCUCUCUGCUGCCCCAGCAGAGCCAGUAUCCUGACAGGAAAGUACCCACAUAAUCAUCAUGUUGUGAACAACACUCUAGAGGGGAACUGCAGUAGCAAGUCCUGGCAGAAGAUCCAAGAACCAAAUACUUUCCCAGCAAUUCUCAGAUCAAUGUGUGGUUAUCAGACCUUUUUUGCAGGGAAAUACUUAAAUGAGUACGGAGCCCCAGAUGCAGGUGGAUUAGAACACGUUCCUCUGGGUUGGAGUUACUGGUAUGCCUUGGAAAAGAAUUCUAAGUAUUAUAAUUACACCCUGUCUAUCAAUGGGAAGGCACGGAAGCAUGGUGAAAACUAUAGCGUGGACUACCUGACAGAUGUUUUGGCUAAUGUCUCCUUGGACUUUCUGGACUACAAGUCCAACUUUGAGCCCUUCUUCAUGAUGAUCGCCACUCCAGCGCCUCAUUCGCCUUGGACAGCUGCACCUCAGUACCAGAAGGCCUUCCAGAAUGUCUUUGCACCAAGAAACAAGAACUUCAACAUCCAUGGAACGAACAAGCACUGGUUAAUUAGGCAAGCCAAGACUCCAAUGACUAAUUCUUCAAUACAGUUUUUAGAUAAUGCAUUUAGGAAAAGGUGGCAAACUCUCCUCUCAGUUGAUGACCUUGUGGAGAAACUGGUCAAGAGAUUGGAGUUCACCGGGGAGCUCAACAACACUUACAUCUUCUAUACCUCAGACAAUGGCUAUCACACAGGACAGUUUUCCUUGCCAAUAGACAAGAGACAGCUGUAUGAGUUUGAUAUCAAAGUUCCACUGUUGGUUCGAGGGCCUGGGAUCAAACCAAAUCAGACAAGCAAGAUGCUGGUUGCCAACAUUGACUUGGGUCCUACUAUUUUGGACAUUGCUGGCUAUGACCUAAAUAAGACACAGAUGGAUGGGAUGUCCUUUUUGCCCAUUUUGAGAGGUGCCAGUAACUUGACCUGGCGAUCAGAUGUCCUGGUGGAAUACCAAGGAGAAGGCCGUAACGUCACUGACCCAACAUGCCCUUCCCUGAGUCCUGGCGUAUCUCAAUGUUUCCCAGACUGUGUAUGUGAAGAUGCUUAUAACAAUACCUAUGCCUGUGUGAGGACAAUGUCAGCGUUGUGGAAUUUGCAGUAUUGCGAGUUUGAUGACCAGGAGGUGUUUGUAGAAGUCUAUAAUCUGACUGCAGACCCAGACCAAAUCACUAACAUUGCUAAAAGCAUAGACCCAGAGCUUUUAGGAAAGAUGAACUAUCGGUUAAUGAUGUUACAGUCCUGUUCUGGGCCGACCUGUCGCACUCCAGGGGUUUUUGACCCCAGAUACAGGUUUGACCCCCGCCUCAUGUUCAGCAAUCGCGGCAGUGUCAGGACUCGAAGAUUUUCCAAACAUCUUCUGUAGCGACCUCACACAGCCUCUGCAGAUGGAUCCCUGCACGCCUCUUUCUGAUGAAGUGAUUGUAGUAGGUGUCUGUAGCUAGUCUUCAAGACCACACCUGGAAGAGUUUCUGGACUGGCUUUAAGUCCCGUUUGAAAAAGCAGCGCAGUCGGCUGACUUCGUCGUGCAAUGUGUUAAACUGUGAACUCUGCCCAUGUGUCAGGAGUGGCUGUCUCUGGUCUCUUCCUUCAGCUGAUAAGGACACUCCUGAGGUCUUUGCUCUCACCAUAUUCUUUUUGUCCUGGGGCCACAGUUCUUGAUUAUUCCUCAUGUGGUUAAAGUCUGAAUUUGUAAAUCCAUUCAGAUAAAUGGCAGUACUUUAGGGGACACACACACACACACACACACACACACACACACACAGAUACACAGAUACACCUUUUGAUAUAUAAGCUUGACCUAAAAUCAAAGGACCUGUGUAGCAUUUCAGAUUGAGCACUUCACUAUCAAAAAUACUAACAUCACAUGGCUUGAAGAGUAACCAUCAGAGCUGAAUCAUCCGAGUAAGAACAAGUACCAUUGUGAUAGAGAAGUAGAGAUACAUUUUUUUAUGAUGUUCAUCACAGUGUGGUAAGGUUGCAAAUUCAAAACAUGUCACCCAAGCUCUGUUCAUGUUUUUGGGAAUUCUAGGCUGGUGCUGCACUGAAAUAGAGCAGUAAGCUUGUGAUAAAGGCCAAUUCCAGAUAGCUCUUGAAGGUGAUAGCCAUCUACUUUGCAGUGGCUGCCAACCACAGGGAGUGCCGGUUAACCCUGGAAGGAUUGAGCAAGGUCUCUUCUCUUGAGACUCCCCUCUGAGAUCUGAAAAUAAAGUGGCUUAGAAACAUCAGCAGGGAAGAACUGUCAAGAGUUGGUGAGGGUUGUCUCUUAUAGGGUGUUCUGAAGACAGGGCUCUUGAACAGACAGGUGGAAGGGCUGUACCGGGGAUAAAGGAAGGAAGUGCCUGUCCAGCAGGGAGCUUGAAUUUCAUUUCCAUGCAUGAAGUCGUUGGCUCUAAUCUGCAUUUUUCUGCCUUUCUCUUCAUUUGUUUCAAGAUGGAAAAUUUUCUUAUAGUUGGUGCAGAGUAUCAACUACUUUACCCUACCUUCUCCCCUUUUAGAUGGGUUCUUCCUGAGUUUUGGAGUAUUGUUAAUUAUCAGUAUUCCCCCUGGCAAAAUCAAAUCUAUUCAGGUUUCUUCACUGUUGAGAAUAUGUAAAUUUUUUUAUUUUUGGCGGGGGGUGACAGAGUCUCGCUAUGUCACCCAGGCUGGAGUGCAAUGGCAUGAUCUCAGCUCACUGCAACCUUUGCCUCCUGGGUUCAAGCGAUUCUGUCUCAGCCUCCUGAGUAGCUGGGAUUAUAGGCACGCACCACUAUGCGUGGCUAAUUUUUUGUAUUUUUAGUAGAGACGGAAUUUCACCAUGUUGGCCAGGCUGGUCUUGAACUCCUGACCUUGUGAUCCACCCACCUUGGCCUCCCAGAGUGCUGGGAUUAUAGGCGUGAGCCACCACGCUUUGCCGAGAACACCUAAAUUUUUAUGUUUCUUGACUCAAAAACCAGUUCCAUUUCUAAUGUUUUCUUCACAAGAAGGCUAAUUGGUGGUGAGACAGCAGGGGAGGAGGAAGAGCUGUGGUUUACAACUUGUUCAACUCAGGCAAUAAGCGAUUUUAGCUAUAUUUAAAGUCUUCUGUCCAGCUUUAAGCACUUUGUAAGACAUGGCUGAAAGUAGCUUUUCUAUCAGAAUUGCAGAUAGUCAUAUUGGGCUAAUAGCCAUUGGAUUUAUUCCUUUACCUCACCUGAUCCCAGCAACUGAGGUGGUAUCUAGAGGUAAAAUAGGCAAGUGAAAUGGACACCUCUGCUGUGAAUGUUUUAGAAGAGGAAAUUCAAAAAAUGUUGUAACUAAAAGCAAACUACAUUGUUGAAUAUGGGUAUCGGCUUUCUUUUUCACUUUGAUUCUUUAUCAGUCAACUUCCACGUUAAUGAAAGUUGACCAUAGUUAUUUCCAAAUAAAAAGAAACCAACUCUUACCAGGUCUUGGACUGUGAUAUCAUUCAGUUUUUUGCUGGUUAUUUGCAGAUUAUUCAGUUUUAUGCUGGUUUCUAAGAGCAGAACUCAUACGAGUGACAUAGUCAGCUGCUGACAGCACCUCUGCCACGCCACUCUUACGCUCAGUUCAGUGGGUGAGCUUGCCUGGUGGGGUGUGGUGCGGCCCUGUCUCUACGCUCUUCUAUUUUUGGUAUAUUUCCUGUCUAACCUUCAAGUAGCUUUCAAUUCUGCUUUUUUUCUUGGACUGGCUCCAUUCUGAAUCUGUGCUAAAAUCUUUCGUAAAGAGACCUCAGUUGAUAGCGUAACAGACUACACAAUGCACUGAUGUUUUCAUAAUGUUUUAGGGACCCACUGCAAGAAGCUUGCCUCCUCCUUUUAAUUGUAUUCAUUUAGAUUUUGAUUUUCCAUGUUAAGAAGGUGAGGUCCAUGUUGGUGCCCUUCAGAAUAGAGAACCAUAUAAACAUUAGGAAUGAACAGAGGCCUUAGGAAUGAAUAGAGAGUUUGCCUUAUACGAUUUCCUGUUACUAAGCUCUCCCUCUCAUGCAAAGUAGGGAACACCUUUUGAGCAUCUUUGGAUUUGACAAACGGUGCUGUUGCAAACACUCUUCUUUUUUUUGGAGAUGAAGUCUCGCUGUUGUCACCUGGGCUGGAGUGCAAUGGCAUGAUCUCGCCUCACUGCAAUUUCCACCUCCUGGGUUCCAGCAAUUCUCCUGCCUCAGCCUCCCAAGUAGCUGAGAUUACAGGUGCCUGCCACCAUGCCUGGCUGAUUUUUGUAACUUUAGUAGAGACGGGGUUUCACCAUGUUGGCCAGGCUGAUUGAACUCCUGACCUCAGGCGAUUCACCCGCCUCGACCUCCCAAGUGCUGGGACUACAGGUGUGAGCCACUGUGCCCGGCCCGCAAACACAUUGUAAUUGACAACAGUAGGGCUCUUGUACAAAAUAGUCAUGAUGGCCAUGGAAGUUUUACCUUAUUCUGUGAGAAGUGUUCUUAAACUUAAGUGUCUAAACUAAGGUUUAGUGCUUUUUUAAAGGAAAGUUGUCCCAGGAUUCAUACUAAAGAAAGCAAAAGUUAUUUCAACUGAUCCACCAGUGGAAUUAGAUGGGUAGAGUUAGGUUCUUGAGUUUUAUCACCACUUAGUUCCCACUGAAUUUUGUAACUUCCUGUGUUUGCAUCCUCUGUUCCUAUUCUGCCCUUGCUCUGUGUCAUUUCAGUCAUUUGACUUAGAAAGUGCCCUUCAAAAGGACCCUGUUCACUGCUGCACUUUUCAAUGAAUUAAAAUUUAUUUCUGUUCUAGU